UGAGGUUCCCGUUUUGCCACGUCAGACACACGUGUUAAUUCGACGUCUUUCCCAGAGAUUCUAUCAACGUCCACAAAAACUGACUGUCCCACCUCCACCUCCAAUUCUGCCACCAUAUAAAACCCGUCAAACGCCGAGAACUCUCCAAACGAGCAAAAUAUCUACCACAGCCACCAAAAUAUCUCUCUCCCUUAGAAAAAGUUUUAUUCCUGAACUUUCCAGAUAACCAACAAUCAUCAUCAUCUCUUUCGUCGGAUACUUUCACUUCUUCGCUGUAUAAAACCUCCUCCAAACCAUCAAUGUCUAACCACUAUAGCGCGCACCUUUUUUUCUGUCUCAACUACCAGAAGGACAAGGAUAUGAAGUUUUAAAGGGAUUUCAAUCUCAAUAUCUUCAGAUUUAUACGGAGAUAAUUAAUGAUGGAGAAGGAGGAGUCGACAUCUUAUUAUAGCGUUCUUGGUGUGAGUAUGGAGUCUUCCAUUGAAGAUAUAAAACGUGCAUAUCGAAGACUCGCUAUGCAAUGGCAUCCUGAUAGAUGGACAAGAACCCCUUCUUUGUUAUGUGAAGCCAAACGUAAAUUCCAACAAAUUCAAGAGGCGUAUUCAGUUCUGUUCGCAACAGUGUUGUCAGACCAGAAGAAGAGGUCAUUGUAUGAUAUAGGACUAUAUGGCCCUGAAGAGGAAGAAGAUGAGGGUUUCUAUGAUUUUAUGCAAGAACUGCUGUCUCUUAUGGCACAGGACAAGAGAAAGGAUAAGAACUACAGCAUGGAAGAACUACAGAGAAUGUUGAUGGAAAUGUCACAAGGAUUUGAAUCAUCAGUUUCACACCAUGGAUCUUCCAUUCUUGAUGAUCCUGCUGGCCACUCUAAAAGGGCCCGAUGGGAUCCAAACGGGAUGAUGGAUAGCAAUGGCUCUCAUUUUGGUGUAGGAAGUUGGGGAUGUGCGGAGCAAGCAGCCAUUGCAAAUAAUAUGGGAUGGUGAGAAGAUGAGCUAUAAAUGAGUAAUUUCACCAUAAUGGAGAUUGAGUUUUGUGGUUCAGGAUUUCGAUGUAAGAAGAAUAUGGAUGUGUAUGAAAAUGAUUACAGUUGACCAAGAUUUUUUUUGGAACACAGUUGUCAAUGUUUAUGGUUCUUGGACUUGAUUUGUUUGGAUUAUUGCGUUGACCAUAAAAUUAGGCCUGGGAAUGGGCCAAUGUUGGGCCUA